AUGGAUAGUUCUGCUCCACGCAAAUCGCCCCAGCGCAGACCUCCCCCACCGCAUCUGCAGGAGUUUUAUUCGUUUGUGGACGGCCAAGGCGACUCGCCGGCCCAAUUGGACACCUCGACGCUCCAGAGCGACGUUCCGAACGUCUCCACAAGCAACUCGCUGUUCGACUUUGCUGGCAUGUCGCUGGAGGAAGUGCACCAGAAUAUCCACUCGCAGAAGCUGCGGUCCGACUCGUUUUUGUCGUCGCAGCCGUCAAUGACCCCCUCCACGCUCGACCUCGAGACCUUGAUCACGAAAAAGGACUUUAAUGACACAAUUGGCAGCUGUCGCGACCUGGUCCGCACCGCGGCCGCGUACAGAGACGCAUUGGUCGCCCUGGGCACUGCAGCAAGUGAGUUUGGCCGUUCGUUGGAGGAUUGUGCGCGGUGCAAGGGCGCCGGGGCCACUUCCGAGGGUCUCAUGACAGCCAGCGGGUUCCACCACCAAAUUGCCAACCACCAGCAAAUUCUUGCACAUAGUCUGUCGACCGGGUUCGAGAGACCCGUUUCGGAGAUCAUCUCGAACUUCGAGCGCACCUACAAAGAAAACGAUACAUCUUUCAAGAAAGAGAUUAAGGACAAAAUCACACAGCUCAGACACAAGGAGGCAGCAAACCACAAGCUGAGCCGCAAGAAGACACGCAACAUCAUUGCGUACAAGUCGAAUUUGCUGCAACUGGCGUCGCAGCUGGACGAGAUCGACCGCGCCAAGCACGACUACUAUGUCUCGUCGUAUGAGCAGACGCAGUCUGCUUUUGCUCGGAUCCUGGGCCAGACGAGCUCUGUGGUGGCCAUGGAGACCCAGAUGUACGACAACAUUGCGCGCAAGGCGCUCGCUGGCGGUGGUUUGGACAAGUUGCUCGACGACAGCCGGGACAUCAAUCUGGAGGAGAGCGUUGCUUCUGAGAAUGCCACACUGGAAGCCGUGGAGGAGGAGCAAGGUUCGCCGUCUGUUGCAGAGCAAGAGCAGCAGCAGCAGUCGCCGAAAUCGUCGCGACACUUGUCCAUCGCGUCGGAGAGCUCUGUGGAGGAGGCCGACAAGACGGCAGACACGUUUUUCUCGCCGCCCGUGGUGAAGUCUCGCGGCGAGGAGGUAGCAGACACAGAUCCGGACCGCACCCCGACAAACGACCCGCCCGACCACUCUUCCACGUUCUCGCUCCCAACAGCCACCUCUUCGUCCACCCCUGUGGCCCCCACCGUGACCCGCGCGGACUCUGUUAAUGUAGUGUAUAUUUAA